UUCAAUGAAAUUAUAGUGUUUGGACAGACGCUGUAUCUAUCGGUCGCUCCGCUCCUCUAUCUUCGGCUCUCUGGUCCGAAUUUCCAAAUUUUCUCUCACUACCGCGUGCCUCCGUUGUUAGAGAGAGAAAGAAGACGUUCAGCUGAGAGCUUUAGUUAUUUAUUCAUGUUUUGGGGAAAAAAAGAACUGAAAAUUUUGUUCUUAAAAGCCAAAAGAAAAUGAACAUCUUCAGAACAGAUAUUGCGGUUUUUGGCUUCUUUUAAUUGAUCACUCUAUCAAAAAACGGCACGCCGUUUACUUCAUUGUUCGUCUCCUGCUUUUUGUGUCAAAAGAACCCUAAAUUCUCGCUUCCUCAGAUCACGCUGAGUCAACUUUGGUAAGCACUUUUGGUGCUUCUGCUUUGAAGCCCUCUGGGUUUUGGUAAUUAUACUUCUUUCAGCUGAAAGAUGGCAGAUUGAGGCGCCAUAUGGAGUGGUCUGAUUAAAUAUUGCCCAUUUGUAUGGAUAGACCUAAAUUUUAGACAAAAAAAAAAAUUAGUGGGAAAGUUAUUUGUUUUUUAUUCAUUUUUAUUUUUAAUGCCUGGUAACAAACCUGAAGAGGGGAUCUGCAAUCUAUAUGAGCUAGACAACUCUUCCCAGAGUCGGCAUCUAUCUCAAGUUGUUGGUGGCAAUUGGCCAGUACUUGAUUAUGGUCAGUGGUUUGGAAAGCCAACCCAGAUAGAGGCCUCACAGAAUUUCAAUCUGCAGAACUACAACUUACAGCAAUUAGGUAUCAAUGAUUCUGUGAAAGGAAAUGAUGUUGGGUCUCCAAACGUGGCAUUUGACCAAAACUGUAUGCAAUUAACUCCAAAACCAGAGUAUUCCAGAAGUCUCACCAUAAACAAUCCACCGAAUACAAAUGAAUUUUUGCUUAGAUGCCAGAACUUCCAGUCAAAUCAGAACCAGCGUGGAAGUUUCAGUGAAAGCACCUGUUAUGACCAGCGAAUUUUGACUUCAAGAGGUUUUUCUAUCUUUAAAUCGCAGCCAGAAAAUGAGUGUGCCGACAGUCCCACCUUGACAACCAAUUCAGAAAGGUCAGAGAUUACUGAAGCUUCUAGUGAUUUCAACUUUCUUAGAGGGCAGAAUCAAUUUGUGAGGGACCAACAGCUGAGUUCUUCAGAGAUUCACCCAAUGCAGCAGCCUGGGUUUAAUGACAUGCAGUUAUUGCAGCAGCAUGUUAUGUUCAAGCAGCUGCAAGAAAUUCAGAGACAGCAACAGCUUCAGCAGCUAGGUGAUUUGAGGCAACAGAGCUCCUUAAACCAGUUUUCUGCUAUUUCAAGGCAGGCAGCUGGGGGCCAGUUUUCACCUCUCAUCAGUGGAACACCUGUUCAUGAUGCAUCGCCAAUGCUUAGGAACUGGAUGCAGCGAGGUGCAUCUCCUGGUGUACAAGGAGUACCAAAUAAAUUAUUCUCCCAAGAGCAAGGUCAGGCAUUGCGUUCCACAGGUCUUGCUACUCAGCAGUUUGAUGUCUCUUUAUAUGGUGCUCCUAUUUCUAAUGCAAGAGGCAACAUGAGCCUAUAUCCUCAUCUUCAAGGACCAUCUCAUGACUCUGUCAAUUUGUUGGCCAAGGCUAGCAGUCAAGUACAAAAAUCAGUAAUGCAGUCUGCUGGCUUUGGCAAUCCUUUUUUAGGAGAUCAGCCUGCUGUUCCUCUAAAUCUGUUAGGUUUAUCCCAAGGGCCUUUGAUAUCCAAGCAAGAACUUCAGAUGAAAGAUAAUUUUGGACAAGUGCCUGUUCAGGGUUUAAGCAGUGGAGUUUUUCCUGGAAAUCUUCUGGAAUGUAAUACUCCACAAGGUAAUACAUCUAUGAAGGAAUUUAAUGGGAGACAAGAACAAGCUGGUUGGCCUGCAAGGCAGCAAGCAAAACAACUGGGUCCUUCUCAGGGAUUGGUUCCUCUUGAUCCAAUGGAAGCAAAGAUUUUGUACAAUAUGGAUGACAACACUUGGGAUACUUUUGGAAGUCGCCCUGAGACAGGUACUGGAGGCUUGGGCAACAUUUUGGAACAGCCAGACUCAUCUUAUGCAUUUCCUUCCCUUCAGAGUGGGAGCUGGAGUGCUCUUAUGCAGUCUGCUGUGGCAGAGGCUUCUAGCAGUGAUACUGGGGUACAGGAGGAGUGGAGUAGCUUGACUUUUCAAAAUACGGAGCAAUCAACUGAUAACCAAAUAUCAAACUUUGUGGAAAAUGAGAAGCAGCAUACUGGCUGGGUUGAUAACAACUUUCAGGCUGCCUCCUCCUUUAGCCCAAAACCUUUUCCUGUGAUUACUGAUUCUAGCAUGAGCUCUACCUUCCCUGGCUUUCAGCAACCAGGAAUCCAAUUAUCAGUUGAACAGAGAGAGGAUAUUUGCCAGGGAGGUUCUCAUGAGUCCAUUGAGAAUUACAAACCUCAGCAGAAGACAUCAAUUGAAGAUGGUCAAAAGGUUCCAACAUUUGUGCAUUCAGAUAAUGCAUGGCCUGGACAAAUGUUUGAGCACUCACAAAGGGCUGAACGGCAUCAGAUAGUAGCCUCAAGCAACAUCUCUAUGGAAAAGGGCACUGAGAGCAUGGUAAAAAGUCAACAUCAGAUGAGUGAUGUCCCUAAAGUUGCAUUUAACUCUUAUGAGGGAGCCAAUGAGACACAAGAGAAGCAGAAUUGCCACCAAAGAGAACGUUCUAAUGACUUCUCAAAAGGCUCGGGUGGUCAUGAGCAAGGGCAUGUGGAGCAGUUAAAGUUUUUUGGUAAUAUUUCCAGCAGCUUAAUGAAUUUAGAUAAGGCAUCCUUAUCCAAUUUUCAAGGAAAUUCAAGAGUUUCAGAGGAGGUGCCCUCUGGAGUUGAUAGUGUCUCUAAUGCUUCUACUACGCUUCAUGGAUCAGUGCACCCUGACGGUUCAAAUGUUUCUGUGCAGACUAGUGAACAUAUGCUUGAGCUGCUUCACAAGGUUGACCAAUCAAAGGAUGAUAGCUCCACAAAACAAUUUGGAUCCACUGAUGGUAAUCCUUUGACUGCACUGCAUGGAGCAGAUUCACAUGAUAGAUCUGUCUCUCAACUUUACACUCAGUCUUCUGAUUCCCAAGGAUUUGGUUUGAGGUUGGCUCCUCCAUCUCAAAGGUUGGCAAAUUCAAACAGUUUUCCCUUUCCUCCAGGUUUACCACAGACUAUAAACAAUCUGAAUCAUAGGCAAGUUAAUCCUGAACUGGGAGAGAGAAAUCUGUCUUGUUUAACUCCAUCUUCAUUUCAGUCUUCACCUGCUUCACAUGAGCUGGCUCAAAGAGCACAUUGGGAAAAUAAAUCUGAUACCAUGGGACCCAAAAGUUUCUCUCCAUAUGUGAACAUGCUUGGAAACCCUGCUUCAUCAUUUGCAUCCAAUCAUCCACAAACAGGAAAUCAACUUCAAAUGCAUCCGUUCUCCAAUAUAUCUGUAUCAUCUCAACCUUUGCAGGCAACCUUACCUGCUGGAACUGGCAAAUUCCCAUCUUUUAACUUGGCCCCUUCUCCUGAUACUUCUCAACAGCUGCACACUAAUCCUAUUGGUCAACGAUUUCCGGUUUUGGAGGCUGCCCCUGUAUCUCAAGCUUUGGACAUGUCUGGCACGUUGCUACAGGAUGAGAAUUCAACAAGGCCAUAUAAUGUUUGGAGAAAUGUGCCAACUCAGAGACAAUCAUUUGGUAUAGAACCUCUCAAGUUUUCCAAUUCUGCUUCCCACAUGGAUUGGGCUCCACAUGGGUCAAAUGAUCAAAUUUCCAUAAAAGCUGUACAUAACUCAUCAGAAAUUGGUGUUUCUUCUAGUUCACAAGGCUUUGGACAUGUGGAAAAGCGUGCUGGAGAAGAGUUGUUGCAACAACGAAUAUCAGCUAAGAUGCUUGAUACUUCUCAGCCAGGUGGUAUGUCUCGAGGGCCAGAACCUGUUUCUGAUGCAACUGUAGUAACAUCUGGCUCAUUGGUGUCUCAUGCUCAGGACCUUGAUAAAGCAAUCUCAACGAAUGAUGGUGCAGACAGUGCUUUGGAUGUUCCAUGUGCUAGUGCUUUGGGAGGACAGCAGUUAUAUGAGAACGUCUCAAGGUUCAGAACCCCUGUGGAUGGAAGACCAAAUUCAACAUCACAAACUGGUUCAUUUCCAUCUGGGCAUAAGCAAAUGCUUAGCUUGUUGGGAGAAGCAGGAGAUGGUCCAAUUGUAAAAGCUCCUCAGCAACCUGCCCUUCAAUCGAGAAAUUCUCAGGAAACUUGUAAUGACACUCAUAGUCAAUCUAGCAGCAGCAAUCUGCAUUUGGCACCCUCCUGGUUUAAGCAAUAUGAAGCUCUUAGAAAUGGACAAAUGAUGCCAAUUUUUGAUGCUAGACUUGCAAAAUCUGUUGCUUCACAGUUUUCUCUUGGAAAGCCUUCUCAGAAUUUGCAUAGGCAUAGCUCUUUGGAACAGUUGGAUGCUGCUGAUGCUGGUCAGGGUGGCAGGGUUUGGCCAAGUAGUCAGCAGUUGUCAUCCCCCUAUAUGUUGCCUUCAGUAGUCAACAGUCAAGUUGCUAUUAUAAGACCAAAGAAGCGAAAAAUCACAUCUGAGCUUCUUCCAUGGCAUAAAGAGGUGAAUCAAGAUUCCAAAAGGCUUCAAAAUAUCAGUGUUGCAGAACAAGUCUGGGCAAAAGCUACAAACCGACUGACUGAAAAGGUAGAAGAUGAGUUUGAGAUGAUUGAUGAUUUGCAGCCAAUGCAUCGAUCAAAAAGAAGGCUUGUAUUGACGACACAGCUGCUACAGCAAUUGUUUCACCCUGCACCAGCAUCCAUUUUAUCUGCGGACUCUGCUUCAAGUUAUGAUGUCAUAUCAUACUUCGUUUCUAGGUUAUCGCUGGGAGAUGCAUGUAGCCUUGCUUAUUGCAUGAGAAAAGAGUUUCUUGAACCUGUAAACAAUAGUGAUGUGAAUUCUAAGAAGCUAAAAAAUUCUGAAAGAAGUGGUGAGCAACAAUGUUUGGCUGUUGUGGAAGAGUUCAUUGAUAGAGCAAAGAAGCUGGAGAAUGGCUUCCAAAGAUUGGACAAGACAGCAUCAGUUGCAGACAUAAGAGCGGAGUUUCAAGAGUUGGAAAGGUUUGCUGUGAUUAACCGUUUUGCCAAGUUUCAUGUUCGGGGACAAAUAGAUGCCUCUGGAACCUCAACCUCAUCUGCUGCUCCAAAACCAAUUCCACAGAGAUACAUUACAGGAUUUCCUAUGCCUCGAAAUCUACCUGAGGAAGUACAAUGUCUUUCAUUAUGACUAUCAACUAUUUAUCACAAACUGAAUCCUCUUUCUGCUGCAUUCUGCAUUCCAUUGUGUUACCUGUGCCUCCACCAAUAUCACGCCUUAUUAAUUUGAAACACUUGCAUGCAAGAGAGGAGUAAUGCAAAUGGAAUGGACGGAUCCUACUCCAAGUAAACAAGGCUGCAUAUUCAUUUUGAAUUAGGGCCAACUGUUAUCAUUUUUGAGGAAGUAUAUAUUGUUUCUUGUAUAUGUUAAUGAAUUUUCAAGGAGAAUAGGGAGUAAUUAACUUUUUAUAGAGCAAGAGGAUCAGUAGUAUGGAUGAUCUCUAGUGCUUGUUAGUUGUUACAUAAAUAGUUAAAUUUAGCUCAUGUAAUGUGGCUGCAAUUCUUAGCAAUAUCCUGGUAGUAUUUUUCUCUCC